GAGAAAGACGGAGUCGGAGCCGGAGACGGUGAAUUGUUGUUGAUGGAGGGCUGUAUCGGCGUUGUUUCACGGUGGUUUUCCCGGUUCAGAGCGGCUAAAUUUAAGAAGAUUUCUGGCCAAGUUGAAAAGAGAGAGCAAGAUGUGACGUCAGAUGACAAGUGUUCGACGGAUUUACUCAACGGCGGUGAUUCGCCGUGUAUGGACCCGCAGAAUCAUCAGUCAGGAUGUCCGACAGAGCCCUCUUUCAAUAUGGGAGUUGGAUGUUAUUUGUUAUAUCUGAUUGCUGCAAGUAAGACUGAACACGAUAAGAUGAUGGAGUUGAGGACCCAAAUGGAAAUGCUUCUUCAAGAUGCCAAAAAGGAACUGGAAGCCAAAGAUACAUUGGCCGACCCGUUUAAGUUCACUAGUGUAUUUCCUAAUUCAACCAUUGAUGUUCGAGAAGGCGUGGAGUCUAGUUAUGAUCAUUCUUUACAUAACAGUAAAACAUCAUAUGUUUUACCAGUGUCACCAACAAUUAUGAUGUGUGAUCAGUCUUCGGACUGUGACACGCCUAAAUCAGAACAAUGUCCAAAAGGAAUGGACCCACUUGAAGCAGAACUUGAGGCAGAGUUAGAACGAUUUUUAUUGCAACAUCCACAACAGCAAAGCAUAGAGGUAACUUUUAAUGACACUGAUACUGCGAAAAGUCAAAGUUUUAGUUCUGGAGAAGUAAUCAACCCUGAAAUUGACCCUCAAGAGGAGGAAUGCACAGAAGUAGAUUAUGGAAUUCCGCCCUAUGAACUUGAGAGAAGAUUGCAUGAAGUACUGGAGGGAAGGCAACAAGAGCAGAUAACAGAGCUAGAAGCUGCUUUGGAAUGUGCCAGGCACAAGCUUUGUGAGAAAGAUAUAGAGAUUACUUGGUGGAAAGACACUGCAAAGCUUCUUUCGCAGCACAUUCCAGCAAAUUCACGGCCUAUUUCUUAGCAUGAAAAAGAAACAUAUCAUUUCUUAUCAUGGGCAUCAAUUUGCAAUGUAGCCUUUGAGAGUGAGUUCUUGACUCUUCCUCGUGUAUGUUUGAUGAUUGAUAGAUAAUUUAUUUUCCUUUGCUUCAGGAUUGCACAGUGUGAAAUGUAGUUUGCAGAUGGUAUAACAAUGAAAAUUGAGAAGGUGAUGAAGAACUUGAAUUAUAAACUGUAAACUCUCAUCUUCCCACUUUUUUGUUCAAUACACAGGACCUGUACAUCGCACUCCUUGUUUCUCUGCAUUCACUCAAUCUUUUUAGUCGUCGUUGGAUAUUAGUUGUACAGAAG